UUUACAGUAUUAACUUUUUUAAUAAUGAUGUCUCUCUGUAAAACUAUAAAAUUUAACAUUUCUGAGCAUAUUGUAUUGCAUGCAAACAAAUCCUCUUUAAUGGAAACAACUUUCAGAUGUUACUGUUGGAUAUGUGUAUGGUUGGAAUCAAGUGUUUUUGGAUAGCAAGCAAUUUGAUUGGUAAAAUGCUUGCUGUGAAGCACUUUUGCAAAAUUUUGCAUCUGUCCAUUCCCCUUUGAAAAGCAUGAAGGAUAUGAUACUUCUUGGUUGUUUUAGAAAUAAGAGGUGCAGGAUGAAUGUCCUUUAAAAAGUUCCAGACCACAGGAAAUUCUGUUUUAAAAGAUAUGGAAGUAGCCACAUCUUUUAAUUGCUUCUUAUGUUUCUUGCAUCUGGAACACCUUCCUGCAAAUAUUUCUUAGACUGGCUUGCAGAUAGCGGUAUGUGAUUAAUGUUGUUUGCUUUUUAAAAUAACAUGGUUAUACCUGUAAACUAUAUUAGUUCGAAUAAACGCCUUCUCAAAGAAAUCUAGAGCUGUUUUAAUGACACACUCUUUUUUUAUCAAUAGAGAAGUGAUGUUUCUCUAUAUGUAUGAAAGAUUUCCGUCAUUCUAAGGAUUAGAAAGGGCGUUUAUUCAUCAUUCUGCAAGUCAGGUAAGGAAUAUUUUAGGAUAUAUAUAUAUAUACACCAAGUUAAAUAUGUAAGAGGCUCUUUUGCGAAACAGAUCAGUAUUAUUUGGAUACAUAUUAAUGCUUUGGAAAGAAAUUUAUGCUUUGAAGAACUGUCCACAGAAGAAGGAACAAAACAUCAAGCGAUUUUCGUGUCAGAAUCUUUAAUAAAGACUCAAGUCUUGCGUUUAUUCGAACAAAUAUGAGUUGUUUUAUAAUGAAGGAGCUGAACACUUGGAAAAAGGAGGACCACAAUGUGGUGCAUUUUCAGACCCAGAGGAAAGUUUAGAUCAAGGUCUUGUAGCCCCAUCUGAAAACAUUAAACCCUCCUUCACCAAAAAGCUGAAAUUUCAGUCUGUUGUGGAGGGUGACACUGCAGCUUUUAAGUGCAAGCUAGUUGCAAUGCCACCUCCAACUAUAUUGUGGUUUCAUAAUAAUAGACAAAUACAGAAGGAGCACCAUCGUAAAAUACAUAUAGUGAGUAAAAUGCAUAUGCAUGCAACCAGUUUAACAAUUGAAGGGAUUAAGGAAAAAGAUUCAGGCAGUUACAAAGUCAUGGCAAUUAACACUGAAGGAUCUGCUGAAACCACAGCAUCACUUCUUGUAUCAAUGAGGGAAGAGCAAGAUGUUACAUAUUUCAGUCAUUCUAGAUCUUCAAACAAAGCCCACUCAAGCUCAGAUUCAUUAGCUGAUUCAACAAAAGAAAGAAAAUUUAGAGUCGACCUGAGAUGUGUUGGUUCUCCUUUUGAUAAAACAACCAAAGGACAAACAAAGGGACGUCAUAGAUCAAAAACCACUCUUUUCCGAACAAUGUAUUUUAGAACUUCAUCCCCAUCGAGAACAGACAGAGAGAGCAAGUUUGAGACAGCAUCCGAACGUGCACGCUCUCCAGCUCCGAUGUAUGAGAGAUACGAGAGGUUCAGUGAUCGAUACAGUGAUAUAUACUGUGACAGAUUCACAGGUCGAGACCGAUACAGUGAUAGGUUUAGUGAUAAAUUCAGUGACCGUUGUAGUGAUAGGUACAGCGACAGAUUUAGUGACACAGACAGUCUUCAUGGAGAGGUUAAAGCAAAACUCAGUCUCUUGCAAAAGGCUGUCAAAAAGAAAAAGAGACUUUCUAUAUCUACAAUGUCCUCAUCUGAGUUUGAAGUGGAAUCAGUUACAAGUGAGCCUUGUUACACAGAUUAUGUUGAGAGACUGAGAGUCAAGCCAUCUACUUUGCCUGAAAUUCAACAUGUCGUUCGCCCUGGUGAGCAAUUUGAAAGUGGUAGAGGUUCAGCAGAAUAUCAGAGUAGACUGGAGAGAAUUACUGGACUCAGCUCCCAAUCAACAGAGCGAAGAGUCAGACACUCUUUUGAACCCCAGUCGAGAUCUAGGGCACUUCGAAUAAUGAAGGGUGAACUUCCUCUAGAAGAAACUUUAAGAAAAGACGUUCGGGUUGUUGUAUCUGGUGCACAGAUAGAUCAAAGUAUCACAUCCAAAGAAAAAUCAGGAAAGGAGAUAGAAUAUGAUAUUUUAGUGCACAAAGAUGAUGCUAGCCUGGAUCGGUGGGAUGAUGAGGUGCAGACUAAGGCAAAAGAGCCAUUUGUGUUGCAGUGGUUAGAGGCAGGAGAAGCUUCCAAACAAGCAAGCAAUACAAAGGAGAUAAGUGAAUCACAUGAGGGGUCCCAAGAAAAAGAGUCUUUAAGAGCCAAGGCAGUGAAGCCAAUGAAAGAAAUAUUUUUCGGUGAUGAAGGUAAAACGGCUCCUGUACAGAAAUUAGAACAGAGAGCUAUGUCUGUAGAAAACGUCUUUGAGAAAAACCAGGAGAGUGAGUGCUUAGAAAGUGAAGAUCAGUUCUUAGCUCAACGCAUUCGAAAAUGGCAACAGGAUGUGCAGUGGGAUGAAGAAGCACAGGUCAAGGCAAAGGAACCAUUUGUGUUGCAGUGGUUAGAGACAGGACAAGCUUCCAAACAAGUCAGCUGUACAAAGGAGAUCAGUCCAUCACAUGAGAAUCCAGCAGACCAAGAGUGUGCAAGAGCAAAGGUAGUGGAGGAACAAUUUCUUGCUGAUGAUGGUCUGCAGCGUGAAAGUAAAAGGGCUUCUUUACUAGAGUUAGAAAAGAGACCCAUGUCUAUGGAGAAAGUUUUGGAGGGUGAUCACUUCGAGAGUGAAGAUCAGUUCUUAGCUCAGCAUAUUCAAAAAUGGCAACAAGAUGUGCAAGUUGAGUCUGUUGUGCCCCAAAAGUCAGAGAAAAAAGGCUCUUAUUUUCAUGAAUCUUUGGGUAAAGUUGAAAAUGAAGAAGCAGCAGCUUUAAAAGCUCAAAGGGAGUCCUCAUUUACAAAGACUUCAAGAUCUUCAUUCAAAGAAAAACGUUCAUGUGAACGCUCAGGUGAGAGUGAAUUACAUUUAUCGCAAGAAAGAAUAAAUGAGUUAAAAAGUGAAGGUGAUCCUGUCAGUGAAAAAGAUGCAUUGACCCAACGUAUAAUGAAAUGGCAACAAGAUGUUUUGACAGUGCAAGAGCAGGCUGUUGAACUGGAUCCUGACUGGGGUGGUGUUAGAGAGAGUGCUUUAGAAAGAGCAGCAUAUAAAGAUGUUGAGGUGGAAGAGAUGAAUAGGAGGUCACCACAGAGAACAGCAAAGGAGAGGUUCUUUAGUGAUGUUUCUUCUCAGUCCUAUGUAACUGAUAGGUCUAAAACACAUAAGCAAAUUCUUUCUGAAGCUGAUAGUGAGAAGUUAAGGACUGAAAGUGAGUACUUUGUCAGUGAGGAGGAGGCUCUAGCAAAGCGUAUUAAAAAAUGGCAACAGGAUGUUCCAAUUGAGCAAGAAGAAAGUGUUGAAUUAGAAUCUAAUUGGGCCAUUGCAGAGCAUGUGCAGUCUUCUGUUGAAAAACCAGAGACAGUGUGGACGUCUACAGCUUCACCGACAGGAAAAGCUCUGUCAUAUACAAAGCCUGAGCAGCUUGUGACUGAUAAAAUUAGUACAGACGUGAGUGGAUGUUUUGAAAGCCAAUAUCUGGGUAAUGAGGAUGUAGUUCAGCGGCAUCAUGGUAAUGUUAAAGAUGUGACAAUGCCUAGACAGGAUCCUGAUGUAAUACAGCAACAGAAAGCCCUCUCAAAACAAGAAAUCCCCAGUGUUACUCCCACUGCAGGGAAAAUCUCUUCGAGUGUAGUAAAACCAGGAGCACCUGUGUUUGUGAAAACGUUAAUUCCAGAGGUUGAGGUAAAGAGAGGUGAAAUGAAUGAACUAAGUUGCCAAUUCCAGGGAGAUCCUCCACCGUCUGUUUCAUGGCUUAAAGAUGGACAUCUUAUAAUGAGAGACCCUGAUUUUGACGUUCGUACCAAAACAACUUCAUCGACACUGACUAUUUAUUAUCCAACUAUUGACCAUCAAGGUCUGCUUACUUGUAAUAUUGCAAACAAACAUGGAAAAGCAAGUACAUGUUGCAUAUUCAAAGUAACUGAAGAUGUUUCGUCAAGGACAGAGAUAAGACCUCCCCAGGAAGUUAAAGUAACAGAGGAGUCGGUGUUCACUGAAGAAGAAAUAAUAGAGGAAGAACUUAAGUCACUAACAAAACCUCAGAUAGACCGCAAAUACACAUUGCAGGUUCCUCAGGCAGUCAUCCACAUACCACAAACUUCAGAGUCAUCUAUUCACUCUUCACCAGUUGAGAUCAGAAUAACUGCUCCAACUCCAGUGCUAGAGAUUGUUGAUGAGGCUAAAAACACAUUUGGGCCUGUUAAACAAACCUCAGAGUCUCCGGCUGAUGAUGGCACCUCUCAAACCACGAAGCAUAAGUUCACAUUUUCUUUUGAUGAUGGUCGUGAAGCUCCCCAGGUGGUUAGAGAACUAAAGAACAUUAGUGCUUCAGAGGGACAGACUGCUAUGCUUGAGUGCAUCAUUAUUGGUGAACCAACACCUGAGGCCAUCUGGUCCCAUGAUGACAUUUGUCUUGAUCCUAAUACCAGUAAAUACAUAUAUGAGGUACAAGACAAAUGCUACAGGCUUUUUAUUGACAAUUUUACUUGUCUUGAUGCUGGAACGUAUAGAUGUAUUGCAUCUAACAAAUGUGGGCAGGUCGAAAGUGUUGCUGAUGUGUCUUUUGAUUCUGCAACUUUGGACUCUGGAUUUUCAUCCAUUGCCGUGUCAGAGGUGGAUAACCAAACUAGAUCUUUAUCUUCAGAAAUCACCAAAGUUGGAACAAAGACUUUAUCAAGUUCUUCCACACCAUCCAAAGAUGUUACUCUAACAAGUGAGGAUGUUCUUCAUUAUGAAUGUUUCACUUCAGUCAGUCCUGCUGGAUUUCAAGAUAUUAGCAAAACCGCUGAUCCCCAUUACCCACAGCCAGAUGCUCCUAAACUCAUUAAGCGCAUUAAGAAACCUGCUUCAGACAUGCCUGUAAUAACAGGCUGUGGUUUGCAGUCGUCUGGGGCAGAGGUUAAAGUAUCAAAAUUAAAACAAGCAUUUGAAGCAACAACUUCUUUCAUAGAUGUGCCUGUUGAGCCAACAAUACAAUCAAAGGAUGAGCCAUCUUUUCCUAUAGAAGACAUUCCAGAGUUUUCUAUUGAGCCUGAUCAAUAUGAAAAGGAACAAACAACUUCAAUUCUCUAUAGUGAGGACAGGAUGGAAGAUCCUACUGCAGCUAAGGCCUUCCCAUUAAGAGCUCUGCCAGAUGUUAAAGAGGCAGUUCUUGACAACACAGAAUAUACUUUAGGAAAGUCAGAGAUGAGAAUGCCUUCUAUAGAACCAAAAUUAUUUGACUCCCAACAUUUUGUCUCUUUGGCAAAUGUUACUGAGGUCCAGCAAUCUCCCACUUUAGUCAGACCCCAGGCUAGAUUACCAAAGACAAUUAACCCAAAAUAUAGUUCUGUUAGCCCUAAACCAGUUCCAGACAGCACAGUUGAGCAAAAAUUACGCAGGAGGUAUGUGUUAGGCAAAGUGGCACUGAUAACUCCAUUGAUACCAAGGCACAGUCAAUGGAAAUGGGCACCAUCAGUAUUCAGAGAGCAGAAGAUGAGGACAUGCCACAAGAUAACGUCUGUCCAGUUGAUGUAAAGCAUAAUAGGAUGGAAGCCACAGAUAUAGCAAAAUCUAUUAGUGUAAAAUCAAAAAUUGAGGUUGACAGAGCAUUGCAAUUUGACUCGGCAGAUUACCCUUACCCAGCACAGAGACAGCAACAGAAAAAACCU